AUGUCCUAUCGUGUCGAUUACCUGCCUCCACCCCAGCCCGCCACCAUUCAAAUCAACAGCGACCCUUGCGAUUCCGAUAUCGAGGUCAUCAAAAGCUCACAUCUACCCAAACCUGAAUCUUCCAAGCGACGUAACUCAGGUGUUUUCUCACCUUACGAGCUGAAUUUCUCAAAACGAUUUCGCCCGGGCCAACAAGAAUAUGCUCCGUUCAGCACUGCACACCCAACUUUUGCCACUGGUGGGUCAAGCGCUCCUGAUCCGGUACAAAAUAACAUCAACCACGGAGCGAUAGAGCCGAUUGCGUCAGCAGUGCAACUAACUCCAAAAGGAAUAAUUGCGGCGGAACUCAACUCUGGAAUGUCUGCGCUCAAGCGGAUCACCGAUGUGCUCAAGAGAAAGAAAGAUCGGAAGGGUAUGGCCAAGCUUUCAUCACCUCGUUUGAUGAAUCGAUUUCAGGAGGUGUGCUUCGCGCUCUUGCGGAUGGUUGAAGAUCGCAUACCAGGCAUAUCUCACACAGUGGCACCUAUGUUCCGGGGUGUUGAUGAUACUUCCUCUAUGAACGGCGCCGAGGCGGCGGUCUUGGUUGGCGAAAUGGUAGAGGUCGGAUGGGGAGCGUUCAAGCGCAUGGAUGACUUGUUGAAGGUCGUGAAGAACUCGAAGAUGUUUGUUUCGAAAUCCGACGUUUUGUCGAUGGGUUUGUUCAAGGAGCGGCUCUUUGAGAUUGUUGGGGUGAUGGAGGAGGCAACAAUCCUCGCUCCGAGGGUGCAACUUUGA